AUGUCGUCUUACCACACUUGGUUACGAGUGGUUUUGGCGUUCGCCCUGUUGGCCGUCGUCUAUGGGGCGCCCAUCUGGGAAGAGCUGUUCGGAUUUCCGCCCCGUCAGCACUACCACCGCAACUCACAGCCGACGGCUAGGACGCCGAAGGCUGGCGGCAAGGAGAAGUACAAAGCCACUUGUUGGGUCAUCAAUGCGGACAACUAUGCUUUCCCGGGUCAGUCGCCUUACCCUUCGGCCCCGCUGUGCCCCUACUGA